CUGAGAUUUCGUCAGAGAUCAACCCGUUGGCACUGGCUGAUGGUACUUCCCAAAUAAGUGAAGCGGACAACGUGCUCUACCACUUCACUUCCUAUUUCUAAUCUAGGAGUCGGUGUAGUCCAGUCCUGUAACAUCAUCUUGCAUUUGGCGGGAGCGAAUCGCAUGCCAAACAUUCGUAGAUUGCAGCUCAAGGUGUUUAGAAGACUCUGUAUUUUGUCAGCGUCCUCGCCUAGAAGGACUAUAUCGUCUGCAUAUUCUAAGUCAACGAGAUUAUUCCCUGGUAGCAAGUCAAUCCCUGAGUCGCUGAAGUCACUUAGGGUUAAGUCCAUUAGUACAUCUAUGAUGAAGUUGAAUAGAAAAGGGGAUAAUGGGCAUCCUUGACGGACACCACUAGUCGUCACCAGUUCAGAUGACAACUCGCCGUAAGCCCUCACCUGGCUGUAUGAGUACGAGUAGAGUGCCUUAAUCAGUGCAAUGUAUUUUCUCGG